AUGAUGGCGGAACUUACACCAGUUGUUCCAUAUGGUGUUGUUGCUCUUGGCGACGAUGCUAAAGCACUUACGUCAGCUAAAGGUGGCAUAUUUUCUAUAUUUGUUGACCCUAAAUUCUUACAAGGUGUUUUGUGUGGCAUUAUAUUAUUUUAUUUAAUUAUGUAUUAUAAUUCCCGUAAAAGAUACCAUCAGCAAAACAAUUACUAUGAUGAUGAAUAA